AGGGCUUCCGAAUAGAUUCGAUUUAAAGCCUCGGCAAGGCGAAUAUAACCGAGCCUCAAAGCAGGGUGAGGGAGGAGAAGCUGCAGGGCGGAGGCAAAGAACCGAUUGGUGCCGAUGUGAAGACGGAAAUACCCGAGCAGUUCCGGAAAAAUCCGGGGAGCUUUGAGUGGUAAUCGAGGGGUAGACUAUGGCAGUGGGCGGGGUCAGCUCGGUACGUUCGAAGGGCGUUGGCGGAAAUUACCGAAGAUGCCCGAAGCCGUCGGGACGGACCCGAGUACCUCACGCAAGAUGGCGGAGCUGGAGGAGGUGACUCUGGACGGGAAGCCUCUUCAGGCGCUGCGGGUGACCGACCUGAAGGCCGCACUAGAGCAGCGAGGCCUAGCCAAGAGCGGGCAGAAGAGUGCCCUGGUUAAGCGGCUCAAAGGGGCUCUAAUGCUAGAAAAUUUACAGAAACAUUCAACACCCCAUGCUGCAUUCCAGCCAAAUUCCCAGAUUGGCGAGGAAAUGAGCCAGAACAGUUUCAUAAAGCAGUAUCUGGAAAAGCAGCAGGAGCUACUUAGACAGCGUCUGGAACGUGAAGCUCGAGAAGCUGCAGAACUUGAAGAAGCUUCAGCUGAGUCGGAGGAUGAGAUGAUCCAUCCUGGGGGAGUGGCUUCCCUGCUGCCUCCUGACUUUCAGAGCAGCCUGGAGAGACCAGAGCUGGAGCUCAGCAGACAUUCACCCAGAAAAGGCUCCUCUGUUUCUGAAGAGAAAGGUGAAUCUGAUGAUGAGAAACCAAGAAAAGGAGAAAGACGAUCAUCUAGGGUCAGACAGGCAAGAGCAGCUAAAUCCUCUGAGUGUAGUCAAGCUGCUGAGGGGGAAGAGAAUCAAGAAGUACCUUCUAGAAAUCUGAGGGUCAGAGCAGAUCGAAAUUUGAAAACUGAAGAGGAAGAAGAAGAGGAGGAGGAGGAGGAAGAUGAGGAAGAGGAAGAGGAAGAAGAGGAAGGACAAAAAUCUAGGGAGGCACCAAUCCUGAAACAGUUUCAGGAAGAAGAGGGAGAUGUGAUGCCCAGAGCAAAACCAGAGGAGGUGAUUGAUGAGAGACCCAAAACCAUAAGAGCGCAGGAACAGGAGGGGCUAGAGAGAGGAGGACGAGUUACAAGAUCCCAGGAAGAAGCUAGAACUCGUCAUCUCACCAAACAGCAACAAGAGAAAGAGAUGCAAUCAGUUUCCCCCCUUGAGGAGAAAGGAGAAGAAAUAAAAUUUUCACAAGGCUUGGAAGAAAAAUCACAGUCCCCUUCCCCUCCUCUACUGACCGAAGAUCUAGAGAAGGCCCCUCUUGUGCUACCACUGGAGCAAACUGCCAGUGAGGAGGAGACUCCCCCACCUUUACUUACCAAGGAAGCAUCUUCUCCACCACCUCAUACACAACUCCAGAGUGAGGAAGAAAUAGAACCCAUGGAAGGCCCAGCACCCCCUGUCCUCGUCCAGUUAUCUCCUAAUACAGAUGCUGAGACCAGACAGCUUUUAAUAUCUCAGCAUACUGUGCAGUUGGUAGGUGGCCUGUCGUCUUUGUCAAGUCCUGCAGACACCAAAGCAGAAUCUCCAGCAGAGAAAGUGCCAGAAGAGAAUGUUCUGCCUCUACUUCAGAAAAGCACAUUGGCUGAAUACUCAACCCAGAAAGGUCUUGAAACUGAGCCAGAAAAAUCUGCUCAGCCAGUCUCUUUAAAAAUGGAGGAAUUAACAUCACCCAAAGGCAUUACUGAGGAAUCUCUGAAACAACCAUCUUUGGAACAGAAGGAAGGCAGAAGGGCUUCACAUAAUCUUUUCCCAAGCCACAGAUUGAAACAGUCAGCUGACUCAUCCUCUAGCCGAUCCUCCUCCUCCUCUUCCUCCAGUUCUAGAUCUAGGUCUCGUUCUCCUGAUAGCUCUGGCUCUCAGUCUCUCUCACCUCCGAGAUCCAAGCAGAGAGAUAUAUCCCAGGCACGAAUUCACGCCAACCCUCAUGGUAGACCCAAGACAGACUCCAGGUCAACAUCAGAAUCUAGGUCACGUUCCCGAUCUCGUUCCCGUUCCCAUUCAGCAUCAAGCAGCAGCAGAAAAUCUCUGAGCCCUGGAGCCUCCAGGGACAGCAACACCAGCUACACUGAAACCAAAGAUCCCUCUUCUGGUCAGGAGAUUGCAGUUCCACCAAUGCCACAGCUGCAGGUUCUUGAGCCAAAGGAGAGAACUUCCACCUCCUCAUCCAUCCAAGUGAGGCGUCUGAGCCAGCCUGAGCCAGCCGAAAAGCUCAUGACCCAGAAGUUACAGCCUGAGCGGGAAGACUUUUAUCGGUUCUCCAAAAAAGAAUUCUAA